AUGGCCGAAAUUCGGAAAGGGGAAGAGUCCAUGCCGGAAGAAGAGACGCAGACGGACACGGAUGAAGUGACGUCAGAAUUGUCUCAAGAAUGGAGACUUCCGAUUGAAGUCGUCGUGCAUACUGAUGGUUUUUUUUGGUUUUAUUUUAAAGUCGUGGUCGCAUUUGGAAUGGCUCGACGCGUUGAGGCUCGCUAUAAUUUUUCAAAAAAUCAUUGAGCGGAACUCGUUUGGGGUCAGGCUCUCUUUUUUCGCGACCGUAACAGGUCGAGCCAUUCUACAUACGGCCAGAGGGUUUCAAGUCACAGUAUUAUAUACUUGUUCUUAUGAUAUUUCAAUCUCACCGUCUUGAAAAGAAGUGGACGCGUUUGGAAUAGCUUAACGCGUCGCGGUCGCGUUGCGGCUUUGUUUAAAGGUGUCUGAGGCCUUUUCGCGCAAGUCGGUUUCAGUCGGGCUCAUUUUUUUCAGAAGUAGUCGAGCCGCGGACGCGUGGCAGCUUACUUUGUUGAUCUCUGAUGCCUUCUUGCGCAAGUCGGUUGAAGUUUUGUUUAUUUUUUUAAAGCAGUCGAACCGUUCCAAAUGCGACCUUUUUUGUUAGGAUCACCUGGGAGCAUUUUAAAAAAUAAUUUUCUUCAGAAAAAGUUCCAUCCAAUGAAGUUUCUGAACGAGAAGAUCUGCAGUUUCCAUUGGUUCAUGGACAGAAGGGACAAAAGAACUGUCAGUUUUUUUUGUUGGUUUUUUUUAGGAUAUCUAAGCAAUUUUCUAUGAGUAAUGGUGAGUUUGGUGGACUUUUUUCACUUUUUUGAAAUUGCUAAUAAAAUUUCUGUUGGUUUUAAUGAUUUUUGUGGACUUUUUGGGAAUCGAAAUUGAAACAAUCGCUCUUAGAGCGAAGUGGACUACUGACCGUUUUUCUAAUUUCUACAGGCCUUUCUCCUUCACCUGGCAUUUAUUAUAUCCUACUUUUUUUCAGCUCUCUUGCGCUAGUUUCACUGGAACUCUUCAUUUUAGAGAUUUUUUUCUCUCAAAAAUUUUUUAGAUUUCUAAACUUUAAGAUCGUCGUUAUUCAUUAUCAUCACCUUUAAUCACCUUCCUUAACCAGAAGAGUCUCAGGAAAUUCCUCUCUAGAAGCUAUUAUCAGAGUUUUUUGAAUUUCAAGCAGUUUAAGGUCAACAUAAUAAUAAUCUGCUUCAUUCUGAAGCUUUCUGUGCAUUUUCAGUACAUCCGCUGUUAUUUCCCUUGGCUAUUUUCGGCGUUUCUGUCUAUUGUCCCUCAGAUUUUUGAACUUUUUUCGAAAACAGUUUUAUCAGAAAUCUUUUUCUUCUGGCCCUGUAUCAAUAGAUUUUCAAGGUUUGAGCUCUUCUCAAGCUUUUUACACAUAGAUUGCGAAUUUCGACGUUUUCCAGGUCACAAUCCUGCAUCAGUGUCCCACUGAUAAAUUUUACGUUCUGAAGCUUUAACUUGAUUCUGAAGGCAUUUUUUUCAGAAGCUAAUUAAUUACAGUUUUACGACUACUGAGGUAUUGAAGGUCUUCUGGAUCUUUACCGUCCAGUUUUUUUUUCAAGGCUCAUUAUUCUUGCCAUUUUAUCAAAAUACUCUAGUCGUUACUCGUUUUUGCAAAUAUUUUCAAGCUCUGAGCUUUUUUUUACACAGAUUUGAAGUUUAGAGGUUUUUCACGUCAUAUUUUUGCGUUUGGAUCAUUCUGAUAAGGGCCUUUAUUCUGGAACUAGAUUCGGAGGAAAUCAGGAAAUUUUCGAAGGCUCCUUUAGCCUACCCAGUUUCAUUAAAAAUUUUUUUUUGGCAUUUUUUUCAAGGAUUUUCCUUUGAAGCCAAGUUUUUGUAUUUUGAGGAUAUCCGGCGUAAUUUCUCUUUUUCUAUUUUUCUUCUUUCUAUUCUAAUUGUUUUCAAACUUCUUUACAUAGAUUUGAAGUUUUGUUGAGGUCAUAAUCUUGCGUCAUUAUCGCCCCGGAUAAGCUCUUUUAUUCUGGAGCUCGGCCAGGAUCCUCAGGAGAUCGAGCUCCUGUGUCGUGACGUCUCCCCUCUCCUCACAUCGUGCCUGCCUUCGUCAUUGAUUCAGGCGCCCCCAAGGCCCGCCUCCGAAUUUCCGCUUUCUUUUUCGCGGCUCUUCUGA